CUGUUGCAGCAUCUGAAGAGAGAGAUGAGGGCGUGGAAGGACUUAGACCAUGAAAAUAUCGCGAAAUUCAUCGGUUUUGCGAUUGAAGUUCGCGGUGCAGUACCAGAAGCGGCGUUGGUGUCCGAAUGGUGCUCAAAUGGUAAUAUUGUUGAAUAUCUGCAUGAAAAACCGACCUGCGGUCGGCUGCCUCUGCUUCUUGAUGUCGCUUGUGGUCUGGCCUACCUCCACGAACGUAAACCUGUUGUAGUCCACGGCGAUCUGAAGCCUCCUAACAUAUUGAUCAGCGAGGCUGGGUGUGCCAAGUUGUGUGACUUCGGGCUAUCUUUGAUUGCGGACGGAUUAACGACAGGGUAUACAUCGUCGGGACCUGCAUUUACCUCGCGCUAUUGCGCCCCAGAAGUCUUUGACAGCGGCAUCAAGACGACAUUCGGUGAUGUUUACUCCUUCGCUUGCACUUGUAUCAUGGUGAACCCUUAUAGUUCGCGAAUAUGA